GAGGGAGGAGAGAGAGGGGGGAGGGAGGGGAGAGAGAGAGUGGGGGGAGAGAGAGAGAGAAAGAGGGAGAGAGAACAAGCCAACUACAGAGAAAAUACAGAAGCAUCAAAAGAAUGUGCUAUCUUGGGGAUCAACCUGCAGAAUACUGCCCAUUUUUGGCUGAAGGAACCAAAGCUCCUUUCACUGGCAAAAGCCGACUUACACUGGUCCCUGAAAGCAUUGUGCGUAGAUGCCUGCUGGUUGCCAUGGUGAAUGAUGCUGAUCUGAAGAAUGAAUAAUGUGAGCAUUGGGGGCGACAGCGGGAUUACUCAGUGGUGAGAGAGAGACAUCAAGGAGAGCCUGGUGCGGAGGAGGGAGAAGCACAUCAUCUCGGAUCUGGCCCAUUCUGUCUCAGAGGGGAGAAGUCUAUACCAGAUAUACUGCGAGCAUCAGAACCGGGAUGAACAUUGAGGUUGGGAACGUGUCUUAUACAGGAGCCAUCAUCUCCUGGUCAUCCACGGAGCCCUGUUUGGAGGACUAUUACCAUAUUAUGUACAGGCCUAACUGGAACAGCAUCUUCUCCGGCUACCUGCGCUAUAGCUUCCAUCACGAGGAGAAGGUGCCGCGAGCCAUCACCUCCGUGGCAUUGGAACACCUCGCUCCCUCUACUCUCUACUUCCUCUGUAUCAGCUGCAAGAAGGCUGCCUUCCCAUACAGUCACUACUGUACCAUGUUCCACACCCUGGAUAAGAGUCCGCUGGCUGCUGGUGGCUCCCUGGUGGACCCCCAAAUUUCUCUUUGGGUGCUGAUGGCCAUCCUGCUGGCCUGCUUCACUGCUGUGCUGGCCUUCAUCUGCCUCCAGUUCUGGUGCCUCCGUUGUCACGAACCUCGGUGGUCUUACAGAGCUGGCCACAUGGAAGAAGCCAAUGGGUUGGUAAGAUGGCCCGAGGAGACCCCAGCUCUUGGUCAGAGGGAAGAAGACCUGCAGGGGUUCCCCCUGGAGGAACUGCCACGAAAGAACUCUGGGGCCAAAGCCGAAGCUGAACCAGGAGCUGAAGCCAGCCAGGAUGUGGUGGCCUUAGCUAGAGAGGCUGGUGACCAAGCAGUCAUACUGCCUCACUAUAGGGAGUGAGCAACAGUAAGGAGAUACCCCAUUUCCCAAAGCUUAAAAUGCUCUCCAUAGUGGGUCUUGUGUGAAAAUUUAUCUAUAGACCUCUCGCUUCUAUCCUCUCACAUGUCAGGGCUGUAUAGAUGUCACCAUGACAAAGGUCCCCAAGCUGGACAACACAGAUCCUCAAGGCACGUCAGGAGCAGACAAGGUAUUGUUUCAGUAUUGUCCAUUCGGAGGCCUACUGAAGAACUGAAGGCCCUGUUUCAGUAUUAAAACCAACCGUGGCUAUGUGAUAGACAGUAAAAGUAGCUAGACCUGAAUCUGGCACAGUGCUUGGGAGAAAUCCUGGGUCAGAGGUGGACCACGAGCUAUGUUUUCAGGCAUUUCUUUUGUAAAAGGUCCAAAGGCCCUUUUCUAACUUUCAGGCAAUUGUAUACUAUACCCUGCACCUCCAGGUUCAUUAAAAAUAAAAAGCCACAGACUGGCUUCUAACUAUUUAUCACUAACAAUCAAGACCUUUUAUUUAAAUAGAUCACAGCUUUAAAACAUAGACCCUUAGAAGACAGCUUUGUAUUAGCCCAGAAACAAAAAGCCAGGCCCCUGUUGUAAAUAGAAGGGAAUAGAAGUAAGAAUAAAUUCAACAUCCAAAAUAAUAUUAAGUUUGACUACCUGCCAGCCAAUGACUUUAGGCUUAAGACCUGUUCUCUUGUGUCUGAUACAAAGGGGGGCCAGGAAGGGCUGAAGAGACUAGUGUUAACAUUAAUAUAAAUGUCUUUCCUUUAUAUAAUCUAAGAAAGAGAACUGGGAAGGAAAAUGUAAUUUUUAGUUUGUGACCGAUGUCUCUGAGCCUCUUGAAAUGAUGUCUGCAAGCCAUCCCCACCCCUACUCCCCUCCCUUCCUUUUUUUUUCUUCUUCUGUAUAUGGGGGUACAGUCUCACAACACAGGCUAUAACCUGCCACGUAGACCAGACUGUCGUUGAACUCAGAGCAAUCCUGCUGCCUCAGUCCCUUCAGUGCUAGGACAGGUGAGAGCUACCACACCUGGAUGACAAGCUUCUCUAGGUUUGAGAAAAUUACCUCAAACAGUUUGUCUUCUCUGGAGAAGCCACCUGCCCUCUCCAGCACCCUCCUCAUACCUGGUAGGUGCCCCAGCCAGAGCUUCUCUGGGUUCACCACACUUCUAAAGCUCUCCUGACUCACGCCAUCAUGGUCAUCUCGGCUUAUCUCUGCUAAGUUUGAAAGUGAGAUCGAAGGUGGCUGAUUUUGUUCUGUCAGCAAGAAAAUCACUGGCCUCUCUCUUUUGGUGGGAGACAUGUUUCUUUAUUCUUUCUACAUGAGCCCCUAUUGUAAGGAUUAAGUUGUAUAUAUAGUGAGCUUGGUGGCACUUGGUGGAAACUAUUCCUUACAUAACUGUGGAAACGAGAGUUUGGGUGGGUGUAGGCUAUGCCUCUUCAUCCCAAGGACACCAAGCAUGUACAACCUAACUCAUGUCUGGCCUACAAGGAGUAAAUAUUAAAUGCCAUUGAAUGAAUGGGAAGGACUGAGGACUUAGAGUGGACCCUGUGGGGACAAUUACUUGGACUGAAGAUGUGCACAUGUGAGAAAAAAAGCCACAUGAGGUAGAGGAGACCUACAAUGGCCUUCAAGCUCUUUCUGCAAAGCUCUUGUACUUGCAGAGCCCAGAAUCCCAGAAUCGCUAGGUGAUGUUGUAACAAAUCAACCAAGAAACAGGAGAAACUGGGAAGCCACAAGGAGACUCCCCCUGUACCCAGUUAUCCACCACCCCAGCACAGUACUCACCCCUCACCUCAGCUCCCUCCAGCCAGAGCUUUCUGCCCCAUCCCCGCUAGCUGUGAACUAAUAAAGAUGGAUGUACUUGCAGUG